AAAUAGUUGAAGAAACUGUAAUUGUCUCUGGUCAAGCUCCAGGAUAUAAUUUUGAUAAUAAACUAUCUAACAAAUGGAAUCUUGAUUCUUCAGAUGAAGAAAGCCUCUAUCCAAUUCCUAAAAGAAACAAAGAACCUUCUACCUAUCAUAUCAAGGAUCUAAUUGAUAUUAGAUUGAAUCAAAUCUAA